CAUACUCAUUGUGAUAACAUGAAUAAUAUUAUUUUAAGAUUUUUGCUUUUAAUAACUAUUUCUCAAGUUCUUCACCGGGACGCAACGCAUCAGGCCUUUCGGAGACCUCAGAGCCCGUCGACUCAGUCGCGCUGUUUCCUGCCAGCGGCAUCAGUCGUCCCGGCCCUGAGUUCGAUAGCGGCGACGAGGUUCUCCAGCCUGCAAUGACAGGCAAGUACAAAUUGUUUUUCGGAGCUUUUCCACUGCGUGACGAAAUUUUGAUCCCCAGCUGUUUCAACAUUCCGGACUCUGGCCCUUAUCACUUCUACACGCACCAGCCAAACAUGAACAUCUUCGAUUCCUCUGGGUUUUCUGCACCGGGACGCAACGCAUCAGGCUUUUCGGAGACCUCAGAGCCCAUCGACUCAGUCGCGCUGUUUCCUGCCAGCGGCAUCAGUCGUCCCGGCCCUGAGUUCGAUAGCGGCGACGAGGUUCUCCAGCCUGCAACGACAGGCAAGUACAAAUUGUUUUUCGGAACCUUACCACUGCGUGACAAAAUUUUAAACCCUAGCUGUUCCAAAAUGCCUGACCUCGACCCGUAUCGCUUCGACAAGCACCAGCCGAACGAGAACAUCUUCGACUCUUCUGGGUUUUCCACACCGGGACGCAUCGUAUCAGGCCUUUCGGAGACCUCUGAGCCCUUCGACUCAGUCGCGCUGUUUCCUGCCAGCGGCAUCAGUCGUCCCGGCCCUGAGUUCGAUUGCGGCGACGAGGUUCUCCAGCCUGCACCGACAGGCAAGUAUAAGUUUUCCUUUGGAACUUUCCCACCGCGUGAUACUCUUUCGGUUUCCAGUCGUGCCAAUAGCGCUGACUCCAACCAGUAUUAUUUCUGCAACCUUCCGCCUAACGAGAACAUCGCCAACCAUUCUGGGGUUUCUGCACCGGGACGCAACGAGCUAGGCACUUUGGAGACCCCUGAGCCCUUCGACUCAGUCGCGCUGAUUCCAGCCAGUGUCAUCAGUCGUCCCGGUCCUGAGUUCGUCUGUGGCGAAGGGGUUCUCCAGCCUGUGAAUUCAGGCAAGUAUAGUACCCCUGAUCGCAUUCCUGUGCCUGAUGAUGUUCUACCUUCCAGUGCACGUUUCUUCAAACCCGCUCCGGGUCCUCUAGAUUCCGUAACCCUUUACUACCAGAAUGUCGGGGGUAUUAAUUCCUGCCUGACCGACUACCUGCUCGCAACUUCGUGUUCCUGCUAUGACAUCAUCGCCUUCACGGAAACUUGGCUGAAUGACCGCACACUAUCAAGUCAGAUCUUCUGCCCUGAUUACGCAGUGUUCCGCUGUGACCGCAGUUCCCGUAACAGCAAAAAGUCCAGUGGAGGCGGGGUGCUACUUGCCGUGAAGUCGAAUCUCCCAGCGCAGCUCAUCGUCGAAGUUAGCUCUUUCUGCGCUCCAGAAGAUGACUUACUUGUCAUUGGCGACUUCAAUAUGCCCGGUUUGAAGUGGUGCUCUCACCAUGGUAGCUCUCUGUAUGCGGACCCUGCCUGCUCUACUUUUUCGGCGCCUUCAAACAUCAUAUUGGACUCCUUGAGUACAGCGACCUUGCGCCAGAUUAACGGAGUGGUGAACGAAUACGGUCGCACGCUGGACCUUUGCUUUGCCAAUGAUGGAUCUCGUUUACCGUUCAUCGAACUCGCUCCUGCACCGCUAGUUAAAGUAGUCCCACAUCACCACCCACAAACCAGCGACCUUCUACCUCGACUUCAAAAACGCCAACUUCGAUGACAUCUC